GGAAAAAAGAAAAGGAAAGGAGAAGGGAGAGAGGGAGGGAACGGAGGAGGAAAAAUGGAAGCUGCAGGGUUGGGUUUAACUACAAAGAUGGUGGUGUCAGUAGUGUUGGGUGGUGUUCUGGGGUUGAUUGUGUAUCUGUACGGUGUUUUGGUGUUGCACCCAAGGAGGCUACAAUCAAAGCUUAGAAGGCAAGGGAUUAGAGGGCCUUCACCUUCACUUCUGAUUGGGAAUAUAGCUGAGAUGAAGAAGAUCCAACUCCAGGCACCUCCAUGUACUGCUACAAAGCACCAUCUUCCUCUUUCCCAUGACUGGCCUUCCACUGUCUUUCCAUAUAUCCGGCAAUGGAGAAUUAAAUAUGGCCCAACAUUCACAUAUUCAACUGGAAAUGCACAGCUACUAUGCAUAACAGAUCCAGAGAUGGUGAAACACAUAAGCCUCUGCACUUCUUUGAGUCUAGGAAAACCUUCUUUUUUAGCCAAGGAGCGCAAGGCUCUGUUUGGGAGUGGCAUUCUGACAUCAAGUGGUGCAAGUUGGGCUUACCAGAAGAAGAUCAUUGCUCCUGAGUUGUACAUGGACAAGGUUAAGGGAAUGGUGAAGUUAAUGGUGGAUUCUACCACCUCAGUGCUAAGAUCUUGGGAGAGUAGAAUUGAAAAAGAGGAAGGGUUUGCAGAUAUUAGAGUUGAUGAGGACUUGAGAAGUUUAUCUGCAGAUAUAAUCUCAAGAGCUUGCUUUGGAAGCAGUUAUUCCCAAGGGAAAGACAUAUUCGUAAAGCUUCGAACUCUUCAAACGGUCAUGUCCGAUGGAUUCCUCCAUUUUGGGGUUCUUGGCAUUAGUCACUUGCCAAGCAAAAGUAAUAGACUGAAAUGGAGGUUGGAGAAAGAGAUCGACUCGAUGAUAAUCAACGUGGUAAAAGAACGAAUUGGGGCUCAACACGGUGAGAAGGACCUUUUGCAAAUGAUACUUGAGGCUGCCAAGAAUGCUUAUGCUGAGUAUGAUAGACCCUUUGUGAAUAUGAGUUCGGACAAGUUCAUAGUAGACAAUUGCAAGAACGUAUACUUUGCUGGCCAUGAGACCACUGCCACAACCGCAACAUGGGCCUUAAUAUUACUAGCUGCAAAUCCAGAUUGGCAAGCUCGCGCUCGUGCUGAGGUGCUUGAAAUUUGUAAGGAUGGCACCGUCCUCCCUGAUGCUGAGAUGCUUCGAAACAUGAAAAUAUUAACUAUGGUGAUUCAGGAGACAUUGCGACUUUAUCCGGUGUCAUCAUUUGUGGCAAGAGAAGCCUUUGAAGAUGUGAAGUUCAAAGACCUUUUAGUUCCAAAAAAUGCAAUAAUUUGGAUUCCAGUUCCGACACUGCACCAGAAUCCUGAUGUAUGGGGGGCUGAUGUGAACCUGUUCAAUCCAGAAAGGUUUGCCAAUGGAAUCCAAGGGGCUUGUAAAAUUCCCCAGGCUUAUAUGCCAUUUGGAAUGGGGAUGCGCAUCUGUGUUGGCCAGCACUUUGCCAUGGUAGAACUGAAGGUGAUUUUGUCCCUCAUUCUAUCAAAGUUUUGCUUCUCGCUCUCACCAGCAUAUCAACACUCCCCCAUGUUUAGGUUAGUUAUUGAACCAGAAAAUGGAGCUAGCCUCCUUAUGAGGAAAGUGUGAUAUAUUAUGUAUCAAGUUGGAGAUGAUCAAUCAUUCAUAUAUAUAUAUAUGUGUGAACUUAUUCCUUGUACAGAUGGACUUGUUAUGCACAUAAAAUCCAAAAGCAAUUAGUACUUAUACUCCUUGUAAAUGCAAAAGCAUCAAUCAUCUCUGAGCUAGCUAGGAUGAUUGAUUUGUUA